UUGGAGAUCACACUUGUCCGGAAUUCUUGUCUGGAAAGGGACCUGCUUUUAUCAGAAUUGCUAUUUGGCUUUAUGAGAGACAGUGUAAGCAGUCGCAGACCAUCAACUGGUUGCAUGCCGGAGAUGCUGGGAGGGGGUGUGGCAAGACAGCGAGGUGGAUGCCUGCAUGAGAUGUGAUAGAGAAAAGUGAGCUGGAUCCUGGGCAGCAGAUUACUGUCUGGCUGCUGCUUGAUGAUGAGAUAGGGAGGCCGGCCUCCACCUCCUUCCCCUCACUGCUAGCAGAUCAUUCAGUAACAAGGGAAGACAGCUGAUCACAGUUCAAAGAAUGGAGAACUCAAGUGCCAGCUCAAUGGAUGCACCUGACUCCUCACCAUGGGAUUCUGGGGACAACUUCACACAGAGGCCACCACUGGAUCCUACUGACUCUGAUCUUAUUGGAGAUGACAGGACAGAACUGAGCAGUAUGGCUGUCAUGCUUCAGAAGGCUUUACCUGAACUUCUGGCUACCUCUGCCCCAUUCUGGGAUAGCCCAUUGAACCAUGGCCUGAGUGUCCUUGUUGGGGUGGCUCUGUGUGUUACUAUGCUAGGUCUGGGCUGCACAGUGGAAGUAAGCCAGAUAGGAGGACAUCUGAGAAGACCCAUUGGGGUUCUCCUAGCCCUCAUCAGCCAGUUUGUCCUCAUGCCACUGGUGGCUUUCCUUCUGGCUCUGAUCUUUUCACUGAAUGAAGUAGCUGCUAUUGCCGUGCUGCUGUGUGGCUGCUGUCCAGGGGGGAAUCUGUCCAACAUCAUGUCUCUACUUGUGAAUGGAGAUAUGAACCUCAGUAUCAUCAUGACCGCGUCUUCCACCCUUCUGGCUUUGCUGUUAAUGCCCCUCUGCCUGUGGAUCUACAGCCGGCCAUGGAUUAACACACCGAUUGUGCAGUUUCUACCUCUGGGAGCCGUCACGCUGACUCUCUGCAGCACUCUUCUUCCUAUUGGUCUGGGGGUCUUUAUACGUUACCGUUACAGCCGGAUUGCGGAUAUACUGCUUAAGGUUUCUCUCUGGUCUCUGCUGGUAACGUUGGUUCUCCUGUUUAUUCUUACUGGAGCAAUGCUGGGACCUGAGCUCCUGGCCACUAUUCCCCCAUCUGUGUAUGUUGUAGCUGUGAUCAUGCCUAUGAUAGGCUAUGCAAUGGGAUACGGCCUUGCUACUUUAUUCAGCCUGCCACCCAACUGCAGGAGAACGGUGUCUCUGGAAACAGGAUGCCAAAACGUCCAGCUCUGUACGGCUCUUCUGAAGCUCGCUUUUCCCGCUCACCUCAUAGGAAGCAUGUACAUGUUCCCAUUACUAUAUGCACUCUUCCAGGCCGCUGAGGCGGGAAUAUACGUCCUAGCCUACAAACUCUACAGGAAGGAAGUUCUCCAUAAACCGGAGCCUCUGGAAGAAGACGAGGACACAGAUAUUUCAUACAGAAAACUGAAAGAAGAAGAGAUUAAUGAAAUAUCAUAUGGGACGGUAUCCACAGAAGACCAAAAUUCUGUAGGGAAGGAGCCACCCUCAGGACUGCGCUAAUUUUGUUUAAAAUUCUAGAUAUGUGUCAGACAAGUUUAAAUCACAGUGCAUACUUGCCAAGAAUUCAGUGUCCUUGGACACUUUGCUAUUUUGGCAAUCGCAUAUACGUACAACCUAUACUCUGCUGUGUCAUUGGAAAUAAUACACUAAAUGCUCAACAUUACUACCCGGCACGGUCACAAUAACAUUUGGUCAUAUAUAAAAUUCAUACACGUCUGCAGAUUCCAGAAUUAUGUCAGAUACUGACAACAAAAUCCAGCACACAAAAACGGAGAAGUGAUCCUGUGCACUAUUGCUGUAAUCCAGUACAUAGGCUUACUCUAAGAAUUGCCACUUUCCAUUUUAAAAUAAUUGACAGUUAUGCCCAGUGUGUUGCCUAACUAAUGUGAAUUGUGUAUAUCCUUUUAUUCUGAUAUGUGAGCAAAACAUAGUAUUAUGGGUAAUUAACUGAAUCUACUAAAUAUGACAGUGUUAAUUCUGAGUAAUAUAAAUUGCUUUGUGUUACCGUGUGUAAGGCUGCAGUGUAUAUCUUGAGAAGCAAAGUCAACGCUGCUCCAGGGACUUUCCUUCAAAUGGACUACAUACAUCACUUAUUACCCAGAAUCCCAAGCUGCACCAAUGAACUGUACAAUGAGUUCCCGUGGGUUUGUGCAGAGGUGGCAAAUGUGUCUCAAGCAUGUGAAUGUCCUCAUAAAUGUAUUGAACUACUAGUACACUCUGCA